GAUUGCACCAACUCUUGUUUUGUGAUUGGGGAUGAACAGGCAAACUCUCCCAAAGAUUUCAAUGAGUGUGUUAGUAGAGCUCAACUUCAAGCUGCCAUGGAGGAAUCCCAGAGAGGGAUGAAUGAUGCAAUCAAGAAGGCUGUCACCGAUGCACUAAUUGAUCUCAAGCUUGGUAGCAGCAUAGAGAGGUUGGAUAGGCGGAUAUCUACUUUAACCGAUAAGGUUACAGAGUUAGAAAACCGUCUACCAAAUGAGGAAGAUAUGGGAGGAAACAACUCGAAUGAAGAUGCUAUUUUUGAUGAGGAUGGAAACAUAGAUGCUGCAGCCACCCGAACAGUGAUGCUACGACAUCGUCUACGUGAGAACAGGAGAGGUAUGGGAGGUCAUCGACAUCAAGGUCAUGCCCAACAUGCUCCCGAUGAUCCUUAUGCUAAGGUAAAGUUCACAAUUCCACCUUUUUCAGGCCAUUAUGAUGCUGAGGGGUAUCUUGAUUGGGAGAUGACAGUAGAGCAGAAAUUUAGUGCCCACCUUGUUCCUGAAAGACAUAGAGUUCGACAAGCCUCUAGUGAGUUUAAGGAUUUUGCAAUCAUUUGGUGGAGUGGGUUAGCUGCAGAAAAUGCUUUACCAACCACAUGGGAACAACUUAAGAUAGCUAUGCGUGAUCGUUUUGUUCCCCCUUCCUACCAUAGAGACUUGCGUAAGAAAUUGAUGCGCCUAGAGCAAGGAGAGAAAUCUGUCCAAGAUUACUAUGGGGAGCUCCAAAAGGGCAUGAUGCGUUGUGGUGUUGUGGAGGGGCCUGAGGAUUCUAUUUGUCGUUUUUAUUCGGGUCUAAGGCGUGAGAUUCAGGACAUUGUUGAUUAUAAGGAAUUUAACACUAUCAACCAGUUGUUUCAGUUUGCUAUGCUUGCAGAGAAGGAAUUGCAGGGACGUGAGCAGCAAGGCAGGGGCAAGUCCACCACCUCCUACACGCCACGAACAACGACAUCAACGGGGCUGAACAAGUCUGCAACUUUCCGGAUGCCACCACCACCAGCUAGCAAGCGACCAGCAGCUUCGGGAGUUGCUGCAGUGCCCACACGGUCCUCCGAUUUAGGUAAAAAUUCUGCGCAGGUACCCGCAAAGAGUUCAUCAUCCAUGGCAUCAACGGGGCGCACCUCUGGCAUCCAAUGCCACCGUUGCCAUGGGCUUGGCCAUGUGCAGAAGGACUGCCCAAGUCAGCGAGCAUACAUUGCUACAGAGGAUGGCUACAUCAGCACCUCUGACAUUGAAGAUGAAGAAGAGAAAGAAAAUGAUGAUGGUGAAGAAGAGAUCCUUGGCGGAGAGGAUACAGCGACCUAUAGGAGCGCCAUUGUUCAGCGGGUGCUCAACACACAAGUGCAACAGCCCGACCAGCUGCAACGCCACAAUCUAUUUCAGAUUUUCUUCGUCAUCAACAACCGACGUGUGCGAGUCAUUAUUGAUGGAGGUAGUUGCAAUAAUUUGGUAAGUUCUGAGUUGAUCAAGAAGCUUGGCUUGACCACACGGCCACACCGACAUCCAUACCAUAUUCAGUGGCUAAAUGAUUCGGGAAAAGCUAAGGUAACACAAACUUGCAGAGUUUCUUUUUCCAUUGGGUCAUAUUCAGAUUCGGUUGAUUGUGAUGUGGUACCUAUGCAAGCUUGUUCCCUUUUGUUGGGUAGGCCUUGGGAACAUGAUAAUGAUGCCACACACCAUGGUAGAAGUAACAAAUACACCUUUGUGCAUAAAGGAAAGAAAUAUACUUUGCUACCUUUGACCCCUGCUGAAAUUGUACAAGCUGAGAAAGAGCGAGCUGCUAGUUUGAAUGACACAAAAUCUGAAAAUCAACAAGUAGCAAAAUCUGAUUUUCCACAUAAAAGGGAUAAACCUGCACCUAAUUCUAAGAACGAGGGCAUUAAAUUGAAGGGUGGAGUUAUGCUUGCAACAAAAUGUGACAUUGCUGAAAUUUCUGUAGAUGAUGUUUGCUAUGCCUUCCUUUGCAAACAAGCUUUGUUUUCACUUGAUGAUAUCUCUAGCUCGAUACCUCCUACUGUCACUAACCUUUUGCAGGAGUACGAGGAUGUUUUUCCAGCUGAGGUACCACCGGGGCUGCCACCUGUGAGAGGAAUAGAACAUCAAAUCGACUUGAUUCCGGGGGCAACUUUGCCCAACCGAGCAGCCUACCGAACCAACCCCAAGGAGACUAAGGAAAUUCAGCGACAAGUCCAAGAACUUUUGGACCGUGGGUAUGUACGUGAGAGCCUUAGUCCUUGUGCUGUUCCUGUGCUUUUAGUUCCAAAGAAAGAUGGUACUUGGCGUAUGUGUGUUGAUUGUAGAGCUAUCAAUAAUAUUACAAUUCGGUACCGUCAUCCUAUUCCUAGGCUUGAUGACAUGCUUGAUGAGUUGUGCGGUUCUAUAAUUUUCACAAAGAUUGAUUUGCGAAGUGGCUACCACCAGAUUAGAAUGAAACUUGGAGAUGAAUGGAAAACAGCUUUUAAAACCAAAUUUGGGUUGUAUGAGUGGUUAGUAAUGCCUUUCGGUUUGACUAAUGCACCUAGCACUUUCAUGCGCUUAAUGAAUGAGGUUUUGAGGGCUUUCAUUGGACGAUUUGUGGUAGUUUACUUUGAUGAUAUCUUGAUUUAUAGCAAGUCUUUGGAUGAACACAUGGAUCACCUACGUGCUGGAAUUGAGGUGGAUGAGUCAAAAAUUGAAGCAAUCAAGAGUUGGCCGGUUCCCCAAACCAUCACGCAGAGAGGGACGUACAUGGAAUAA